AUGGUGCUGUUUGUCGAGCGUGGUAUACGCGGCGGUCUCAGCCAAUGCUCCAACCGAUACGCCGCCGCCAACAACAAAUACAUGCCAUCGUACGAUCCAUCGGAACCGUCAUCGUACUUAAUGUACUUUGAUGUAAACAACUUGUGCGGGUGGGCAAUGUGUCAACCGCUGCCCUACGCCAAAUUUCGAUGGGUCGAAAAUGUCGAAAACUUUGACGUAAUGUCCGUUGCAUCCGAUUCGGUUACCGGUUACGUGCUGGAAGUCGAUCUCGAGUAUCCGGUGAAUCUUCACGACGCGCACUCUGACCUGCCGUUCUGCCCGACGCGCGAUAAGCCGCCUGGCAAGCGGGAGGUCAAGUUACUCGCAACGCUGUACGAUAAGCAGCGUUAUGUCAUCCACUACCGUAAUCUACAGCAAUGCGUGCUACAUGGUCUGCGAAUUGCAAAGAUUCACCGCGUACUGCAAUUCGUGCAAUCUCCAUGGCUCCGCAGAUACAUAAAAUUAAAUACGCAGUUUUGGACACGGGCGACAAACGAUUUCGAGAAAAAUUUAUACAAAUUGAUGAACAACGCGGUUUUUGGCAAAACCAUAGAGAAUGUGCGAAAUCACACGGAUGUACGGCUCGUUACACAAUGGGAGGGUCGGUACGGAGCGGAGGCUUUGAUCGCCAGACCAAAUUUCCACAGUCGAAGCGUGUUCUCGGAGAAUCUAGUCGCCGUAGAGUUGCGAAAACUUGAAGUGAAAUUUAACAAGCCGAUCUACGUGGGUAUGUGUAUCCUCGACAUAUCCAAGACCUGCUUGUACGAGUUUCACUACGAGUACAUGGCGUCUCUACCGCGACAAGUGUAA